ACAUAUGAAGAUGUCCAUAAUGAAUACUCUGCUCCCACUACGUCAGUAUCUGAUGUCAUGCUUUCCAAAGUCGAAAAUACAAGUGUUCAUGGAAAGCAAUCCAAACUGCCGUCCACAGGUAAUAGAAUGCAGCCAGAGAUCAAAAACAUUAAACCGUGUUUUUCCUGUGGAAAGUUACAUCUACGAAGCACUUGCCGUUUUCGGAGUGCUAAGUGUCACAAAUGUGGUAAAGUUGGACACAUCAAGACUGUGUGCAGAAGUUCGAAUACAUAUGUUACUGAGAAUCCUGAUAAUUCUUCCAAUUUAUCUGGUAAAAUGCAGUCGAUGUCUCUUUCAACUUUUCCCAAUACUCAAUCUCAUCUAAUGAGAACCUUCACUACAAGUUCAGGCAAGUCCCAUUGUUUUAUAAUUGAUACUGGGAGUACUGAAUCUAUAAUUUCUAAGAAAGAUUUACAAUCGAUUUGUAAGAAUGUCCAGAUAGAUCCUACUACUAGUUCAAUUACAGGCAUAACUGGUCAUAAAUUACCUCUUAUCGGGGCUACUAACAUUUCUUUGAAAUCAGACAGUGGUAAUUUUGUAAAUAUUCCCUUUCUUGUUAGUGAAUAUGGUCCAUCUUUAUUGGGAUUAAAAGCCCUUAGAUUGUUAAAUGUCGAAAUUUCACUUUGUACUGAGUUGUUUGAUGAAUCUUUGUUCAGGGAAUUACUUCUCCAAUGCUCAAAGAGUGUAGGUGGUAUGAAGAUUCAGCCCAUCCAUCUUGAAAUAGAGGGUGAUCCUAUCUUCCUGAAACGCCGAUUAAUUCCAUAUGGAUUGCGAGAUGCAGUUAAGAAAGAGUUAGACAAGUUGGUUGAGCAAGGCAUACUUAUGCCAGUUGAGUCUUCAAAUUGGGCUACUCCUAUUGUUACGCCACUAAAGGCUGAUGGAAAAACACCUAGAAUUUGUGGUGACUACCGCCUUACACUCAAUAGUCGUCUACUACAGCAAAGUUGCACUACUCUAGAAACUGAAGACAUUCUCUACAAGCUACAUGGCUCAAGAUACUUUUCCAAAAUAGAUCUAAAAGAUGCCUAUUUGCAAAUUCCUCUUGAUGAGGCGUCUAGUGCAUUAACAACCAUUAAUACUCCAUUUGGAUUGUUCAAGUAUAAGUUCUUGCCUUUUGGUUUAAAGGUUUCACCUGCAAUAUUUCAAAAUGUAAUAAAUCAGAUGAUAGAUGGAUUAGAUGGUGUUGAGUCAUACCAAGACGACAUUAUAGUUCAUGGUCCUAAUAUCGAAUUGCAUAAUGAACGUCUUUUAAAACUGUUCAGGCGUUUAUGUGAGAAUAAUGUUCUUGUUAAUCCAUCUAAAUGCCAUUUCACUUUGUCGUCUGUAUCAUGCUUGGGAUACACAGUAGACUCCGAAGGUUUCAGACCUGAUGCUAGUCGUUUGGCACCUCUAAUUCAAGCACCGUCACCUAAUAAUAUGUCAUCGUUGAGAUCAUGGAUAGGUACUCUUCAGUUUUACUCCAGAUUCAUUCCCAACUUCACUCAACGGUUAUCUCCACUUUUUGAGAUUGUCUCCAGUAAACAGUUUAAGUGGGAACAACAACAUGAGAAUAUCUUGCGAAAAACUUUGGAGUUUCUUAAUAAACAAGCUUUCUUAAGACCUUUUUCAUCGAAAGAUAAGUCUGUUCUCACUACAGAUGCUUCUCCUAUGGGUAUAGCUGCAGUACUUGAGCAAAAUGGACAACCUGUUAUUUGUAUUUCAAGACGUCUAAGUAAGAGUGAACAAGGGUACUCACAAACCCAGAAAGAAGCUUUAGCAGUUGUAUGGGCAAUAAGACGCUUGCACAAGUAUCUCUUUGGUACUAAGUUUCACAUAGUUACUGAUCAUCAAGCUUUGAAAUUCAUUUACAAUCCAGAAAAAUCUUUGAAUAAAUCAUCUGCUGCUAUGGUUCAGAGAUGGAGUUUAGAACUAAGUGCAUAUGAUUACACUAUUGAACAUAGAUCGGCAAAGGAUAUACCUCAUGCAGACUUCUUAUCUCGUUAUUCAUUAUUUGAAAAUAUUGCUAAUGAUACUGAUUGCUUAUUAGUCCAGCCGUUACCGGUGGAUCGAGUUCGACUUAUAAAUGAUACUCGGAAAUAUUACGGAUGUGUUAUAAAUGUGUAGGGGACUAAUAUUAGAGUUCACUAACAUUCCAAGUAUAAAAGUAAUAAUCCAAGUCAGUGGAGUGUUAAAUCACAAUAUAUUACCAAAAAUACAGUGACGAGUUAUAGCAACAAAAAGGAUUACUUGAAGAUAACGUCUAAGUCCUCGGCUACAAAUUAAUUAUAUAAUCCACGGGCACGUUAAUUGUUUGGACUGCGUCUGCUGUAGCUGCUGUGUUCCGGUUGUAGAAAUGUCUUCGGUUGAGAGUAGUAGGCUCCUACAAUAAAUCCGAAGUAUACAACACGGUGUGAGUGGAGCAAGUAAGCAGAAGUGACCAGGGAGAAGACGAAGUCUCCAACAGCAGAGUGUAUUUUUCAAUUGUACACGGAAGUUAUGUAUAUUUCAACAAGAAGCGUUUUAAACAAAAAUUAUGUACAAUAUCUCGAAUUUAUACAAGUAACCAAAAAGUGUACAAUCACAUUGUUACGUACUCAACACGGCUCCCCCCUAGAGGUCCGGAGAGACAACCGGGAAAUGAUAAGUAAAACUAUGAAGUAAAUAAUAAUAGUAAUAGCAACUUUUGGAUAAAAAUAGGGAUAUAUUACAACAUGCAUAAACGCGAGAAGGUAUGUGAGUCAUGUAAAGUCUGAAAGCAUAUACAAUUGGUUCAGCAAUAAAAAUUGAAAGAGAAAGUCAUGUCACUUAAAUUUGCACUAACCAUGAACAUAGAUUUUUAAUGUAUAAAGAAAAAUAUGUAAAUACACAGUAAUUAAGGAGGGGAAAGAAACAUUAAAAAAAAUAUGGAUUAAAGAUCAAUAGUUUUUGGAAAGGACACUACCUGUUUUUUCGGUGAGGUACAUAUAAAUAAAUAAUAGUGAUAGUAACAUCAAAGUUUACGACGAAAUACUAACCGUCAUGAUGAUAAUGUCUAAACGAAAAAGAUAAUAAUAAUUUUUAAUUAUUUUUCUUUUGUUAGUCCUCAAAAUGAACGUAGCGAGCCGGUUUACUGAUUUGCCGACCACUACGUGUGUGAUAUGGAGGGAGGAUAAGACUUGGUGCCGGUGGAGGGGAUUCGGAUGUUUGAUUAUUUGAUUGCGCAGCUGCCGAUGUAGAUUCGAAGUCGUUGUCGGUGUAUGCGGGUUUGAUUCGAUCAAUUGAAACAGUCUCUCGUCUUCCAUUCUUGUUCACUGUAAAGUGUUUGUCUGAACGUUUAAUAACUUGAAAGGGUCCUUCGUAUGGAGGUUGCAAUCCUUUUCUGAUGGCGUCGACUCGAAUGAAGACGAAUUUGCAAGUUUGUAGAUGUUUGUUGAUCUGAUCUCUUCGGGGAGAUUGUCGAGGUGCUGUUGGUUGAAGUUGAAGCAUUUGUCUAGUUAAUCGGUUAGUGAAGUCGGCAAUGUUCACGUCUGUGGAAUCGGCUGAGGGGACUAGCUGUCCAGGCAAGGUUAGGUUGGUGCCAUAGACAAGUUGAGCCGGUGUACAUCCUAAAUCUUCUUUGAUAGUAGAACGGAUACCAAGUAAAAUCAAAGGUAAGUAUUCACUCCACUUAGAUGUAUCAUUCUGCGCCAUCAGGGAGCUUUUCAGUUGUCUGUGGAAUCUUUCCACUAGACCAUUCGCUGCCGGAUGAUAGGCUGUUGUGGAGAUAUGUUUCACUCCCAGAAGUCUCGUCAGUUCGCGAAAGAGUGUCGAUUGGAAUUGAGGACCGCGGUCGGAUGUAAUAGUAGUUGGUACACCGUAGUUUGACACCCAACGGUCGAGAAAAACUAAAGCAACGUUUUCAGCAGAUAUGUCGUUUAAGGGGCAUGCAAUAGCCCAACGAGUAAAUCUAUCAAUCGCUGUCAGGAUAUGUGUAUAUCCCCUUGAUGUUGGCAAUGGUCCCACGAUAUCUAUAUGGAUAUGCUGAAAUCUCCUUUCGGGUAAUUUAAACGUCUUCGGGGUUGUAAUAGUGUGGCGGUGUACUUUGGAGCAUUGGCAUUGGAUACAUUCUCGUGCCCAUCUCCGAAUGUCAGAGUUCAUUUUAGGCCACACGAAGCGUUCGCCGAUCAGCCUGACCGUGGCGCGUACUCCAGGGUGGGAAAGCGAAUGUAAAUGUUCGAACAAUGCUUUUCGGCAACUGAGAGGGACAAAUGGACGAUUAGUGCCGGUAGAUACAUCGCAGACUAUGGUUGCAUCCGAUAAGGGGAUAGGCACAUCUUUGAGUUGUAAGGAAGAGUUUCUGCGGCAGGUUUGGAGUUCAACGUCAUCUUUUUGUAAUUGAGCCAUACGAUCAAGACUGAUGUCUACCGACGUUUGGAGCUGGUUAAUGUCACUUCUUGAAAGAGAAUCGGCUACCACGUUCGCAUCCCCUUUGAUGUACUGAAUGUCGGUUGAAAAUUGGGAGAUAUAAUCCAACUGUCUGGCUUCUCUAGGGGAGUGUUUAUCAAGUGAAGUAGUGAAAGCAUGACACAGGGGCUUGUGGUCAGUAAAAAUAGUGAAAUGCCGGCCCUGUAGUAAGUAACUGAAAUGCUUCACUGCAAGAUAUAUGGCCAGCAAUUCUCUCCCAAAAGUGCUGUAUCGUGUCUGAGCCGGUUCCAACUUCUUAGAAAAGAAUGCGAGUGGGGUGACUUCGCCCUUCAUCUUUUGUUGUAAUACUGCCCC